ACACGGAAGAUGAAGCAGUCACGUGACCCAUGCAAUGCGAGACAUCGUUCCUUAUCAGUCACAUAGUUUUCAGCAAGACGACACAAACAUCGAAGUUUGGCUUCAGAUGACCCAUCAUCACUACUGCAGGGAACAUGAUUAACCAGCAGGUGGAACCAAGAAUCAAUCAGCAGCAGCAGAAGAAGAGAUAAGUGGUACAGAACAUUCAGGUACAUAAACAGGCUGAAGGAGAAUGAUGCAGCAUGUCUUUCAGCGCUGCAAAAUGGGCACAUUUUCCUGUUUCAUCGUCUCAUCCCGCUGCUGCAAUGCAGUGAUCCGGAAACCUUUAGACCUAUUGCUCUCACCUACUCAGGUACGCAACCUCAGAAAAUAAAACAGACCUUCAGAUAGACAUCCUCAAAAACUGAAGUACAAGAUCAGUCACCGAGACAAACCUCACACCAAGAAUGAUGCACACAAAACUUGACAUAGUACCUCAGACCUAACUCUAAUAUAGAACCUGAACCUCCAUUAUCCAACAUAGUUAUCUUUAAUAAUAAUAAUAUAUUUUAUUUAUAAUGCUCUUUACAACUUUAGAUCACAAAUAACAGCUUAAAGGAAUAUCUUAAGGCCUUUUUUUAUGUCAGUAGAUUGUGGUGCCCUCAAAGUGUCAGGUAGGGCAUUCCAUAGAUGGGAAGCGAGAAGGCCCUAUCCAUGGUUCCUAGUUUGGUUUUGGGUAUGUGGAGAAGGUUUGAGUUGGUGAAGCAGAGUGAGGGUCACCAGGGGAGCUGGUGCCUAUCUCCAGCAGUCAACGGGUGAGUAGCAGGGUAACCUAAUCAUUGUCCUUUGGCUUUAUCUUCUAGAAGUCCAGUCAGUCUUGCAUAAAUGUGGUUCUGAUGGAUCCUUGCUAAAAGAAUCCAUUCUGAUUGGCUGUUCUGAGCAGAACCAUGCCCAGUUCUGUCUGGAUGUGGGAGAACUGGAUCCAGCAGCAAUCGCACAGAAUUGUAAGGGAACAUUUAUGGAUCUCAGGAAAGCUUUCUUUCUCCUAGAAGGAGCUGAGGCACCUCUAGUCGCCAAAGCUCAGGCUUUGCUACAAUGGCACCAGAUUAACAGGUUCUGUGGCGCUACAGGCCAGCUGACCCAACGGAACCAGGCUGGAAGCCAGAGGGCCUGCAGCAGCAGCUCUAUUGUCUACUACCCAAAGAUGUCUCCAGUGGUGAUUGUCCUGGUGUCUGAUGGGAAACGUUGUUUGUUGGGCCGUCAGUCGUCCUUCCCUCGUGGGUUGUAUAGUGCUCUUGCGGGCUUCUGUGACAUGGGGGAGACUCUGGAAGAGGCUCUGCGCAGGGAGGUAGCAGAAGAGGUGGGUCUGGAAGUACAGAACAUCAUCUACAGUUCAUCGCAGCACUGGCCAUUCCCUCACAGCUCCUUCAUGCUGGCCUGCCAUGCCACUGUUAGCCCCGCCCACUCUCAGCUGAAUGUGGACCACUUGGAGCUGGAGGAUGCUCGCUGGUUUACUGAGGAAGAAAUCACCUGUGCUCUGCAGGUAAAAGCUCCACCAUGGAGAGAUCAUCGACCCGCUGUCUGGCUGCCUCCCAAACAUGCUGUUGCUCACCGCCUUAUCAUGGAGUGGAGGGAGCAGCAACACAGCCAGGACACAGAAUGAUGUCUCAAUGUGUUGAGGAACAAUAAAAGAACUCAUGAAAUAAAAUCCUAUUGUAUUAUCCCUAACUACGUCAUCUAGACUCAUUCUGAGAGUAAAUCGUCCUGGUUUACUCAUGAAAUGGCCCAGAGCUGUUCAAAAACUAGCUGGCAUGUUGGUAAAGUUCUAAUAAAAUGAUUAUAUUGCUUA